UUGACCUGUAAGUUCAACUCCAUAUCUUCCAAUUCCAAUUACGCCCGUUGGAAACUCGGAGAAUUCGGCCAAGUCAAGGGGCAAGGGAUGGUAAAUCCUCCCCCCACGGACCAUACGUUCGCCCACACCAUCUAAGGCAUAAUCCGAUCGAGCAUGAUAAUUUCCUUUCAGCAUUCCCGACGAUUCGCUCAACCCUUGUGCUAUCCGGGGAGCAUAUUCAUGCCUUGAGAGUUACUUCAGAUAAGCUACCGCCUCACAUAAGAGAUUCCAGGAGAUCUGGGAACAUCACGCAGAUAAGGCGUCAGAAAAGGCCUGGUUCUCGAAAAUCAUGCCUUCGUUACCGGGUUUUAUAACCCGUUACUUCAAAGACACACCAAAACCACCACCAAUCAGCACUGGAACCGCCGUCUUCUUGCUCGUAAUAUAUACUAUCAUCUAUGUGGUGCCAUUUUAUUUGUCGUCCAGGACGAGGCCGUCCAGUACCCUGUCGCGGGACGCGCCGUCAGUGAUCCGCGCGCGCAUCGCGUCCGUCUCGCUGACCUCUGUCGUCUGCUCUGCCAUCACUUUCGUGAUCUUGACGUCCCAAGGCCGGGUCACGACGGCCGAGGCCUUCCACGCGCUGGGGUACUGGCCGAUCGGCCUAGUGGAGACGGGGAAGUGUUUGCUUCUCACCGCUAUCCUCUUUGCCGGGCCGCUGUACGAAUACCUGGUCGUCGACGAGGGAUGGCGGGAAUGGUUGGCUCUCCGGCCUCUGUCGGUUCUCUUCGCCGAGUGGACCACAUGGCGUAACAUCGUCGCGGGCCCAUUCACGGAGGAAGUGCUCUUCCGCUCCGCCUCAGUACCCCUGAUGCUCGUCGCCAAAACUUCCGUGGCGACGACCAUCUUCCUCUCCCCUUUGGUCUUCGGACUCUCGCAUCUGCACCAUUUCUACGAGUUCCGCAUCACGUUACCCAACGUGCCGGUCUCGUUUCUCCUCGCGCGCUCCGUCAUGCAGCUAGGUUAUACAACGCUGUUCGGAGCGUACGCCACUUUUCUGUUUCUGCGUUCCGGGAGCUUGCUGGCUAUUUUCGCCGUGCACGCUUUCUGCAACUGCAUGGGUCUGCCGCGCAUCUGGGGCCGUGUGCUGCCAGAGGUCGUCGUUGACGAGAGAGGGAACUCGUACCGGCCUUCUGUACUGUGGACUGCGGUCUAUUACGUGGUGCUUGUCGCGGGUGCAGUUGGUUGGUACAUGAACUUGGGCUUGCUGACGGAGAGCUCUAAUGCGUUGGUCUCUAUGAAGGUAUGAUGAAUAUGAUCAUGAAUUGACUAGUCACGAUGAACGAAUACUUGAAUAUAAACUUAAUUCUAUAAAACGAACACA